AUGAAAAACCUGUUGUCCUCGACGACCUUUUCCAGUUCGACCAGUUCCCAGAAGGCAGCCCGACAGCUGGCUCUAUGGAACCCACUCAUGGCCUGGCUGACCCUUCAGGCGACUUCUUCGGUUCAUCCCUCUUCAGCCAUGACUCCAUCUCAAACCCUUAUGGAUUUGCUGAUGGCUUUGAUGCAAAGUUCUCUGAUUUGCAGAGUGCCCAGUGCGCGACUUAUGUCAGCGACGGGGUUCUCGCAGCGGAAACUUAGCAUUCAAGACAUCGUAGCAGAGUCCAAUGAGGGUGUGAAUGAAGCUGGGUCUGUUGAUGGUGACCGUAGAUCACGACUGGUGGGAUCGAGCGGGCUUGGGCAAUUUGAACGGCGCAAAAAGAUAGGAUCAUUCGGACAUGGGAGGCUGGGAUGGGAUCAUUCGGCGUUGCAAGGGACUACAAGUGUCUGUUGA